UGUACUCCAAAACCGUCCUUCCUUCGAAGCCCAAAAAAUGGAAAUCGUUCUCCCAUGGAGAGCCUGAUGCCUAUUCCCCAAAUACCCAUGCACUUCUCUUGUGCUUCGCUUUUCGCUCCAAAGUCAUGCUGAGGUCUCGCCUUGUGGGAGUUUCCCUUCGAAACGGAUCGAGGGUCUUUACUCGGUCUCCUCCAUCUACUAGGGUUUAUCCUUUUCAGGGCUUCCAGUCCCGAGGCUAUAUAGAAGGAACAAACUACAGGGAUCAUAAGCUACCAAGAAAGCUUCCAGAAGAUAACGAGUUGCAUUCCCAAUCAUGGAGAAAUUAUAUUAUUCCCACAGCUGUACUAGUGAUUGCUGGAGCAGGCCUACUUAUUCACUACAAUGAUGAGAAACGAGCAAUCCCAAAAGGUGCCUUCCUUAGAAUCUGCAGCAUGGUUGAUGCGCUAAAAUUAUUUUGUCUCGUUGGUUACUUAUUACAUUGUCAAAUAUUGCAUAUUGGUGAUGUUCGUACAUUUCUAUUCAGAUCACAUCAAAGUACAAACUCUGAUGGGAGUAAAGUCAACAGACCUGCAAUUGGAGGCCCAUUUAGGCUGUUUGAUACAGAAAAAAAUUUGGUAACUGAGUCAAACCUUCAGGGAAAUUGGACACUCAUGUACUUUGGGUACACUUCUUCCCCUGAUGUUGGACCAGAAGAAGUUAAAAAGAUGGCCGAAGUCAUCCAGAUAUUAGAGUCUGAACACAACUUCAAGAUCACUCCUAUUUUUGUCACCAUUGACCCUCAGCGUGAUUCCCCUGCUCAACUUAGGGCAUACCUUGGAGAAUUUGAUUCAAGAAUAAUUGGAUUAACAGGCCCUAUUGCGGCUGUAAGACAGAUGGCACAGGAGUACCGCAUUUACUUCAAAAAAGUUGAUGAAGAAGGCCAAGAUUAUCUUGUGGAAUGUUCACAUAACAUGUACCUGUUAGAUCCAAACAUGGAAAUUUUGAGAUGUUUUGGAGUGGAAUAUGAUGCUUUGCAGUUGUCUAAUGCGAUAAUGAUGGAGAUGAAGAAGGCAUCAAAGUGACCAACCUUCUAUGUACCAUUUCUUCCUCUGAUUUUUUCUAAGGUGAUUCUCAAGAAAGUUUGAAGGCAUAGAUUGAAUGAUAGAGCUCAAGAAAAGUUUUCAACCAUUCUGCAGUUAAAAAUAUGGUUCGGGAAAAAAGAAAAAAAAGCUAGCGACUUUUCUUCUGAAUAAAAUUACAGGUGAAAUGGCUUUGUAAUUUCAUGGAAAUUUUGUCUUUUCACGACAAUUAGUACAAAUUUCUAAUUCAAGUUAUGAAGCUACGCAGAACCCAUUUGUCUAUCUUUGAUGAUGUUGUGUUUUGUCAUCCGCCCUAAUAAACAUUCUUUCAAUUUGGUUGACUUCA